CAGCGGGAGGGCGGCGGGAGACGGAGCGGCAGCGGCGGGAGACAGGGAGAGGGAGAGAGAGACAGCGGCUCCCACGUCCUCGCCGCGCACAGUCCGAUGCCCGGCAGCUCGAGGCGAGCAGCGACUACGCUUUCCUGCCGUGGCACAGCGAGUACCUCCAGCCUCGGAGUUUUCCUGAAGCAGCCGUCACACCGGGAGCACUUUUGGUAGAGAGGGACCAGGAGACCCCGAAAUGACUUACCUCCCGAGACUCGACUGAAGGGGACUUAUUGGAGUGGAACCGUAGUGGAAUUUGGGUCUGGAGAGGAGUUGCUAACGCUUUUUUUCUUUUUUUUUGCCUUUUUUUUUAAUUUUUUUUUUUAUUCUUCUCUCUGAUCACUCCCCUCUUCGUCCAUCAUUGGAAAUGAACAAAUUGCGUUUGCAAUUCAGAAAGUAGAAAUAUUAAAUAUACCAUCCCCCGGGAAGCACACAUGUAGUAAUGACAAAGGAUUGCAAAGGAGAGAGUGGCUCCAGUUUCCCAGAGAGAUCCCCUAAAAUGGAUUACUAAAUGGGACACUACAUCAGCUAGUUGUCCUCUAGCUGCCCAGAUACAUGCACCGAAAAGGGUGAAGUGAAGAAGUGAAGCCUCACAGCGGAACUACUAUGAGGUCAGAAGCCUUGCUGCUAUAUUUCACACUGCUACACUUUGCUGGGGCUGGUUUCCCAGAAGAUUCUGAGCCUAUCAGUAUUUCGCAUGGCAACUACACAAAACAGUAUCCGGUGUUUGUGGGUCACAAACCGGGGCGGAACACCACGCAGAGGCACCGGCUGGACAUCCAGCUUGUCAUGGUCAUGAACAGGACCCUCUACGUUGCUGCUAGGGACCAUAUUUAUACUGUUGAUAUGGACACAUCACAUACAGAAGAAAUUUAUUUUAGCAAAAAAUUGACAUGGAAAUCUAGACAAGCUGAUGUAGAUACAUGCAGAAUGAAGGGAAAACAUAAGGAUGAAUGUCAUAACUUUAUUAAGGUUCUCCUUAAAAGAAAUGAGGAUACGCUGUUUAUCUGUGGAACAAAUGCAUUCAACCCUUCUUGCAGGAACUACAAGAUGGAUACCUUGGACUAUCUGGAAGAGGAAUUCAGUGGAAUGGCCAGGUGCCCCUAUGAUGCAAAGCAUGCCAACGUUGCAUUGUUUGCAGAGGGAAAGCUGUAUUCUGCCACAGUGACCGACUUCCUUGCGAUAGAUGCAGUCAUAUACCGGAGCCUGGGAGACAGCCCAACUCUGCGGACAGUUAAACAUGACUCCAAGUGGUUGAAAGAGCCGUACUUUGUUCAGGCAGUUGACUAUGGCAAUUACAUAUACUUCUUCUUCCGGGAAAUAGCAGUGGAGUACAACAGCAUGGGAAAGGUUGUUUUCCCAAGGGUGGCCCAGGUUUGCAAAAAUGACAUGGGAGGAUCUCAGAGAGUGCUGGAAAAACAGUGGACUUCCUUUCUCAAGGCUCGGUUGAACUGCUCAGUUCCUGGCGACUCACACUUCUACUUUAACAUACUGCAGUCAGUCACAGAUGUUAUCCAUUUCAAUGGCCGGGAUGUUGUUUUAGCAACAUUCUCCACUCCAUAUAAUAGCAUCCCUGGCUCUGCAGUCUGUGCCUAUGACAUGCUUGACAUUGCCAAUGUAUUUACUGGGAGAUUCAAAGAACAAAAGUCUCCAGACUCCACAUGGACACCAGUUCCUGAUGAACGAGUGCCCAAGCCCAGGCCCGGUUGCUGUGCUGGCUCAACAUCAUUAGAAAAAUAUGUAACAUCUAAUGAGUUCCCAGAUGAUACUCUGAACUUCAUCAAAACACAUCCACUGAUGGACGAGGCUGUACCUUCCAUUGUCAACCGACCCUGGUUCCUGAGAACAAUGGUCAGAUAUCGCCUGACCAAAAUUGCUGUUGACUCUGCUGCUGGGCCAUAUCAGAACUAUACCGUGGUUUUCUUGGGGUCAGAGAAGGGAAUCAUCCUGAAGUUCUUGGCAUGGACAGGAAACACUGGUUUCCUAAAUGACAGCCUUUUCCUGGAGGAGAUCAAUGUUUACAAUCCUGAAAAGUGCAGCUAUGACGGCAUGGAAGACAAGCGGAUCAUGGGCAUGCAGCUUGACAAGCCCAGCAGCGCCCUGUAUGUCGCCUUCUCCACCUGUGUCAUCAAGGUUCCCCUGGGACGCUGCGAGCGUCAUGGCAAGUGCAAAAAGGCCUGCAUAGCAUCCAGGGACCCGUACUGUGGAUGGGUGAAGGAGAGCGGGGUGUGCACGCAGCUGGUCCUUGGCUCCAAACUGGCGUUUGAACAGGACAUAGAACGUGGCAAUACAGAUGGCCUGGGUGACUGCCAAAAUUCCUUCGUAGCCCUGAAUGGACACUCCAGUUCCCUAGUCCCAAGCACCACCACUUCUGACUCUCGCGCUCGACAGGGUUAUGAUGCUAGGGGACGCAUGCUGGAUUGGAAGGAUCCGCUUGGUUCAUCUGAAAAUACAGAUCCAUAUGUGGCAGUUUCAUCCCAUAAUCAUCAAGACAAGAAGGGAGUGAUUCGGGAGAGUUACCUGAAAGGUCAUGAUCAGCUGGUGCCAGUCACCCUGUUGGCCAUUGCUGUUAUUCUUGCUUUUGUCAUGGGGGCCAUCUUUUCGGGAAUCAUAGUGUACUGCAUCUGCGACCACCGCCGCAGAGACAUGGCUGUUGUGCAGAGAAAGGAAAAGGAGCUGACCCACUCCCGCCGUGGCUCCAUGAGCAGUGUUUCCAAGCUCAGUGGGCUCUUUGGGGAUGCUCAGUCCAAGGAGCCAAAGCCUGAAGCUAUCCUCACACCUCUGAUGCACAAUGGCAAGCUGACUACCCCAGGCAGCACUGCCAAGAUGCUAAUCAAAGCUGACCAGCACCAUCUGGACCUGGCUGCCCUGCCAACCCCGGAGUCCACCCCAACCCUGCAGCAAAAGAGAAAGCCCAGCCGAGGCAGUAGGGAAUGGGAGAGAAACCAGAACCUCAUCAAUGCCUGCACAAAAGAUAUCCCCUCCAUGGCCUCGCCAGUGAUACCAACCGACCUGCCGCUCAGGGCUUCUCCCAGCCACAUCCCCAGUGUUGUGGUCCUGCCCAUAGCCCAGCAAGGCUACCAGCAUGAGUAUGUUGACCAGCCAAAAAUGAGCGACGGGGCUCAGAUGUCCGUGGAGGACCAGAAUGCCACUCUUGAGUACAAAACUAUCAAGGACCACCUCAGCAGCAAAAGCCCCAGCCAUGGAGUUAACUUGGUGGAAAAUCUCGACAGCAUGCCACCGAAAGUCCCCCAGCGGGAGGCUUCCCUGGGACCCCCAGGCACCUCGCUGUCACAGAGCGGGCUGAGCAAGCGGCUGGAGAUGCACCCCUCUGCUUACAACGUGGACUACAAGAGAAGCUACCCCACAAACUCACUCACGAGAAGUCAUCAGGCAUCAACCCUCAAAAGAAACAACACUAACUCCUCCAACUCGUCCCACCUGUCCCGCAAUCAGAGCUUCGGCCGGGGUGACAACCCGCCGCCAGCCCCGCAACGAGUGGACUCCAUACAAGUCCACGCUGCUCAGGCACAGGCUGUGACUGUAUCCCGGCAGCCGAGCCUCACUGCCUACAACUCACUGACGAGGUCAGGCUUGAAACGCACGCCCUCACUAAAGCCAGACGUACCUCCCAAACCUUCCUUUGCUCCGCUUUCCACAUCCAUGAAGCCCAACGAUGCGUGCACAUAAUCAGAGGGGGAGGGUGAGUGGGAGGAGGAUGGCAAUUAAGCAGAAGUUGCCCUUGAAAGCCAGUGUUCUGCAACUGUUAUCACUCGCUCCUCUGAGAAGAUGGUUGUUGCAAGCUGAAGAUGUGUUGGAUUUCUGCUCUCUGGGAAAAGUGGAAUAUUUUUUUAAACCCGAGCCAUAUGACCCAUGGUUGAAGGUUUGCAAUUGCAGGAUUCACCCCCACAACCUGCCAGUUCUUUGCUCAAAAGACUAACCCUCCAUCAAAAACAUUGAGCCAAAAGCACACAGGUGAAAGUGACUGUGACAUUUCACCCCCUGCCCCUAACUGCACAGUGCAUUCCUGAACUGGGAAAGAGUGCUCUGAAAAGCAAAACAAAUGUAAAAAACAUACAAACGUUAUUAAAAAAAAAAAAAAAAAAAAAAAAAAAAAAAAAAAAAAAAAAAAAAAAAAAAAAAAAAAAAAAAAAAAAAA